AUGUUCCACCACGUCUAUCUCCUCGGUUAUUCACUUCCGGGUCCAAAUUCCAGCCUGGUGAUCGCAGGGUCGACGGUGCUAGUAUACCUCCUCACCAACGCCAUAUACAACAUCUACUUCCACCCGCUCCGCCGCUUCCCAGGCCCCGUAUCUCACGCAAUCUCCCGAAUCCCCUACUUCUACCGCGCCUGCAGCGGAACCCUCCCCUUCGACAUGCUAUCCCUGCACACACGCUACGGCGACAUCGUCCGGAUCGCCCCCGACGAACUCGCCUUCUCGCACCCGGAUGCCUGGAAGGAUAUAAUGGGCCACAAGAACGGGUUGCCGGAGAUGGCCAAGGCUGAUUGGUUCUACCGGCCGCUCGUCGACGAGCCGCUACAUGUCGUUAAUGAGGAUAAUGACCAGCAUAAGCGGCUCCGUCGGCAGCUUGCGUAUGGGUUUUCGGAGAAGGGGAUGAGGGAGCAGGAACAGCUUAUUAGGGGGUAUGUGGAGAUUUUGCUUGGGAAGCUGCGCGAGAUGGCUGGGACGAGUGAUGCGAUUACAAUCUCUGACUGGUAUAAUUUUACUACGUUUGAUAUUAUUGGGGACCUGGCGUUUGGGCAGCCGUUUGGAUGCUUAGAAGGGUCGGCCUAUGACAUGUGGAUUAAGAGUAUCUUUGACACGGGACAUUUGGGGUCGUACCUGCAGGCGCUGACGUUCUAUCCGUGGCUGCGGAGCGCAAUCAUGGCUCUUGUCCCGCAGUCGGUCAAGGACGGCGCGCAGAGACACAAGGAUCUUGCAAAGAAAAAAAUGCUGCAGCGGAUGGCCAUGCCGGGUGACCGGGCCGACCUUAUUGAAGGGCUGCUGAAGAAGAAGGAUCAAUUGGAUCUGAGCGUCGAACACCUGAUUGCGAACGCUGAAAUCUUGAUAAUUGGUGGCUCCGAGACGACCGCGUCCCUGCUCAGCGGCGUCACAUACCUGCUUCUACGAAACCCUGAGUCUUACGAGAAACUAAAGGACGAGAUCAGAUCUACAUUCCGGACUCAGGAGGACAUUAAUAUGGCUAGUGUGAACAGACUUACCUACAUGCUCGCGUGCCUUGACGAGGCCUUGCGGAUGUACCCUCCGAUCGCCAACGGGCUUCCUCGAGUGACUCCUAAAGGAGGAGCUGCGGUGAUGGGGCAGUAUAUACCCGAGGGCACCAACGUCUCAAUCCACCAAUGGGCCCUCUACCGACGUGAAGACUACUUCGCAGACCCAAACACAUACCACCCCGACAGAUUCAUGGGAAACGUCAAGUUCACCAACGACCGCCGUGAGGCGUUUCAACCCUUCCACUUUGGGCCGAGGAAUUGUAUUGGGAGAAACCUUGCGUACAGCGAGAUGCGGCUCAUUCUCGCACUUAUUAUAUUCAAGUUUGAUAUGACGCUUGCGGAUGAGAGUGUUAAUUGGAUGAAUCAGAAGAACUUUCUGAUGUGGCAAAAGGGCCCGCUGAAGGUCUAUAUUACUCCACGGGUUUAG